ACAGACACCCACUACCCACCUCGCGCACCGUCUUCCCCAUUACCUCCUGCCCCCGACUACACCGCCGCCCCCACACCCCACCUCCCCCUUGAUCAAAUCACCACCCCCUCCUUUCACCGCCCGCUACCCCACCCUCGACCCCCGGCCGCCCCACCCUCCCUACCUCUUCUCCGGCGCCUUCCUCGCCCAGCCUCCCAUGACCCCGCACCGCGACGCCGCCCCACUCCGGCCACGGCAGCCCCGGUCCUGCCCAGCAACGGCGCCCCACCCCGGCCGCGGCUACAGCCCCUCCCGCUAUGCCGGCCUCCAUGCCCCGACCGCCACCAGAUCCCCUACCUCCAGCUUCCCCGCCCCCCACGACGACCCGCGGCCGGAUCCAAGCCGCAACGGCCACCCGCGACGCCCCGACGCCGGAUCCGGGCCACGGCGGCCCCCAGCGACCCCUCGAUGCCGGAUCCGGGACCACGCGCUUCUCCUCCGUCUGCCUCAACAAGAGUGGCCGCUGCCUCCCAUCGACGUGACGGCUAUGAAGGGAUUGCCGGCUCUCUGCCACGCCGCUCAAGGCCGGUCCGAUCCGCUCCGUUGCAGGUUGGGAUCGGGCCUCGCUGCAACACACAAAUGCCUCUGUGGGGAGCGCCGACAUGCCUCAGAAGUUGAUGGGCAGCUCGGAUUCCCUCGCCGGCUCCAGCUCACAAAAAGGAGGGCCGCAGCCAGCCCGAACACUUCCUGCAGCUCUGUCUGGCAUUGUGCAGCUCUGUUCUUCUCUAUGUGCAGUGCAAAAAAUUCGGUUGAUGUGCAGCCCUCGAUGAUGGCUCCGGCUCUGUUCUCUCUGAUGUGCAAAAGUCCAUGGACCCGAUUGCUUUUAUGCUUUUCAUUUUGAGGCUAUUGUAUUAAAAAAGGGCUAUUUUGUACGGCUGGGGUGUGCACAUGCAGUUCGCCGGCGAGCCGCUACGGUUGUAGCAGCACGGGCGAGCAGUUCGCUUUUUCGUUUGUUUUGGCGGUCGAGGACAGAGGGCCUUUCUUUUCUACCGCUUUUUAGUGGAAAAAAUAGUGUUUCUUUGUGUUGUGCAGUUUGCAUGUCAUGCUAGAGACGUUCAUUGCACUGUCGAUGGCAGUUUAUACUUUGUAAUUGAGAAGUGCCUACGUAAAAUUUCAGUUCAUUGUGGCACCACCAAUAUAAAUUUCAGCUGGAUGAAAACGAUGUUAUUGAGAAAA